AUUAAAAACUGUUGAAAGCUACCCGAGAGAUUCCCGAGCGCAGAAGGCGCGCGCCUGGCCAUGCGGCGGGGAAACUCUAUAAAAGGCCUCACGGGUGCUGAGCUUAGUGCUAUCCACAGCCUGCACUGAGCUACCCACCGCAGCAAAGAAGAGGAGGAAGAAGAAGGUUUCAGACAAGAUGGCCCCGUCUCCCCUUCUCCUGGCUGCCUUCUCCCUGCUCUUCGCGGUGGCGACUCCUAUCAGGGAUAUCACUGACGCCUGCUCGUCGCAAGUGCAGGCUGCAGAUUUCGAGCACCUGAACGGCACCGCCCUGCACCUCCCGCUGCACCACCCGCGCGGGCCCUGCUCGCCGGCGGCGGUCCCGUCCGACCUCCCCUUCUCGGCGGUGCUCACCCACGAUGCCGCCCGCAUCUCCUCCUUCGCGGCGCGCCUCGCCAAGACGCCGUCCUCCUCCGCGGCGCGCCCGGUCACCACCACAUCGGCCUCCUCGCUCUACCGCCCCGACAGCUCCCUCGCGUCCGUGCCGCUCACGCCCGGCACCUCCUUCGGCGUGGGCAACUACGUGACCCGCAUGGGGCUGGGCACGCCGGCCAAGCCGUACGUCAUGGUGGUCGACACCGGCUCCUCCCUCACCUGGCUGCAGUGCUCCCCGUGCCGUAUCUCCUGCCACCGCCAGUCCGGCCCGGUGUUCGACCCCAAGACCUCCAGCUCCUACUCCUCCGUCUCCUGCUCCACGCCGCAGUGCACCGACCUCUCCACCGCCACGCUCAACCCGGCCGCCUGCUCCUCCUCCGACGUCUGCAUCUACCAGGCCAGCUACGGCGACAGCUCCUUCUCCGUUGGCUACCUCAGCAAGGACACCGUCUCCUUCGGCUCCAACUCCGUCCCCAACUUCUACUACGGCUGCGGCCAGGACAACGAGGGUCUCUUCGGCCAAUCCGCGGGCCUCAUGGGCCUCGCCCGCAACAAGCUGUCCCUGCUCUACCAGCUCGCGCCCACCCUCGGCUACUCCUUCUCCUACUGCCUCCCGUCCUCCUCCUCCUCCGGGUACCUCUCCAUCGGCUCCUACAACCCCGGCCAGUACUCCUACACGCCCAUGGUGGCCAGCAACCUCGACGACUCGCUCUACUUCAUCAAGCUCUCCGGGAUGACCGUCGCCGGGAAGCCACUCUCUGUGUCCUCGUCCGAGUACUCCAGCCUACCCACCAUCAUCGACUCCGGCACCGUCAUCACGCGCCUGCCCACCAGCGUCUACACCGCGCUCAGCAAGGCCGUGGCGGGGGGCAUGAAGGGCACCAAGCGCGCCGACGCCUACUCCAUCCUCGACACCUGCUUCAUCGGCCAGGCGUCGCAGCUGCGCGCCCCGGCUGUCACCAUGGAUUUCGCCGGCGGCGCGUCGCUCAAGCUCAAGGCGCAGAACCUGCUCGUCGACGUCGACAGCUCCACCACCUGCCUGGCCUUCGCGCCCGCCAGGAGCGCCGCCAUCAUCGGCAACACGCAGCAGCAGUCCUUCAGCGUCGUCUACGACGUCAAGAGCAACAAGAUCGGCUUCGCGGCAGGCGGAUGCAAGUAAUUUAAGGAUCGAGGGUGAACGCACGUACGUAUGCACAGACGAGGACGACUUGGGUAAAUGGGUGACGCAUUAUUUGC